GCAGCCGGCGCGUCUGUUUGGAGUGGUAUCGUGUCCUGUGUACCUGUGUCGCAGUAAUUAUUCCGCGUGAUCACAAUAAGCCGUAUGGAUUCGGCAACUGGAGAUGUUCCCACUAAACAGGAGAAAAAGGCGCAGCUUGACGACCUGAUUGAAAAGAAAAAGAGCGAGUACUUGCGCCUCCUCCAUGAUGCGAAGGAAAGCCAGGAACCCGAAUCAGGAAGCACUGAAAGCCUAAACCGCAGGAAGUACGAGCUUGCGUUGGCAUACAACGAGCGCGGUCAGUUGCUCUACAGGAUGAUAGAAUUCGACAAAGCCGUGGAGGAUUACACUGAAGCCAUACGUUACUGCGAUUCUCUGGCGGCGGCAUACUUCAAUCGUGGGAUCGUUAAGUUCAGAAUGGGUUAUUUUGAUGUAGCUUUGCCCGACAUGGAAAAGGCUGUUUCGCUGGAUCCGACCAACAAGGAGUUCCAGUUAGGGCUAAAACAGACCAAAGAGCAGCUUUGAAGCCUUAUUGUAGCAAAAACACGAGUACCCACCCAAUGACGUGCACCACAAUGUAUAUGUGGCGGUUGAAGACUAGGUCAUGAAUACCCUGGGCAACAGAACAAGCAGAGGGACCAACAUUGGAACAGUUGGAUUCUCUUUAUUUACUUUUCUCAGAGGUAAAAUUUAUAACAUAUAAUUAUUGCGUGUUUUGUGCCACCACAUAAAACGCAAACUGUGUUGUGACGCUGGAACGUGAACUGCUUGAGUAAUUUCCACUCAUGGCGUGGACUGGCAAGUAUGCAACCAAUACGAAGCUUGCGUAAUACACCAUGGAUGUGCGCACUUUGGCUUGAGUUCCAUACAUUCAUGUUACAUAUCAGUCAUGAUACCUUGUUAAGCUUCAAUAACAGAAUGAAGGUGUUGUAAUUGUGUGAUAACAUGAUGCAAAGAACCUUGUGAAUGUAGCAGUAUGACACUUCUAUUGGCAGUGCGAGAGUAUUUUUUUAAUUGAUGAUGGAGUUGUAUGGAGUUAGCUCCAUAAUUGCAAGUUCUUAUACAGAAAAGAAGAAAGUGUAAAAGUGAUAGGCAAACUAUUGUGCUUGCUUUCGUCUUCUGCAAGCUUACAGUGGGGCUAUAUGAUUUUUACUGUGACAUGUUCAACUGUUGCUGUGAACAGAUGAUAAACUGUUUUGCAUAAACUGA